AUUUCGAGCAAUCAUAUAGCGGGGAUACAUUUUUUGGGCGAGGCAGUCAGUGAGCUGUUCAACUUGGAACUGAGAAAGGUGACGGAGCCCAAAGGAGGGGUCGAACAAACAGUUUUGUCAAAUUUACACAAGACGAACUCUAAAGGGGUGACAUCCACAGAGACCUAGAAAGGAUUUCGACUACAUCCAACUUCAUGAUGCCCAGAUCAUUCCUUGUUAAACAACACGAAAAGCCUCAAGACGCCGAGAGAGAGCCAGCGAGGUUGGAGCAAGAUCCGAAGCCAAUCAGUCAGCAUUCCUUGGGUUCACCUCCUCCAUUGUUAAAAAUGAGCCCACGUCGCAGCUCUCCGUCGUCACAGUGGACAGCGGUUGCCACAGAUAACACCAGACCCAUUCCUAAACUCGUGAAGAUCGGCGACACACUGCCAACUACCAAAUCACUGACAGAAGACUAUCAAACGAGUAUUGAGCUAGAAAAGAGAAACAUUAGUGACAGCCUUAAUUCUACACGUGAUUUACGAAUGAGACGCCAUCUUCCUAUGCCAACACUCUCGCCUAAGGAACUGUGGACGAGCCAAGAUCAUGGUGAUCAGUUUAGAACCUUUUUGCAUCCCAAUUGUGUAGAUGACUUCAGAAGACAAAUGCGUUAUAAGAACGUAGGCUAUGACGCCAGGGAGUUUUUUGAAACUUCUAACUCCUUUCCAAGGGAACUAGAGGCCUUCUACUCGAAUCAGCAAAACCCAAACCGCAUAGAAAUGGCGGGAAAACCGUUUCCUUCGUUGUCAGGGAAAACGAGUGAGGGUGGUUACUAUGGAGUCCAUGGCACGAUGGUCGGACCGAAGGGUGCAAUCUAUUCUAACCCUCCACUUUACAGUAGCUCAGUACAUUAUGGAUCUAAAGAGAACGAUACUGCUGGCCAAGCAAGACCAAUACCAAGAUACUACUUGCCAGAUUUUUAUGCCAGCUUCUAUGAUCAAGAUCAGAGUAAAGAUCCCAGGAAAACUACUAGUUAUGGAAAAAUCAAGUCGGCACGAGAUCCGAAGACUACAUUCUCUAAAGAAGAGAUCAAGCCAACAUCUACGACAUGUUCCAACGAUGACGUCAAGCCCCAGGGAGCUCUAUUCAACCAAUCAGGAGCUCCAAUAAGCAAUGAUGUUACAGUUUCCAAGGCAACUGUUGGUAGUGAAGACAGUGGUACAAAGGCCCAAGCACCUUCAAAUGCAAAAAAGUAUCGAUAUACUUGUGAUGUGUGCGGGAAAUCGUUCAGUCGUUCCAAUACCUUGACCACUCACAAACGCAUCCAUACAGGUGAUAAACCAUUUCACUGUGAGCAGUGCGGAAGAGCCUUCAGACAGCCUGGCAACCUGACAAGACAUCGGCUGACUCACACAGCCGUCAAACCCUACGUGUGCCCGCAAUGCAACAAGGCAUUCAACCGUGCGUCCAACCUCCAUACUCAUAUGCGCACGCAUACCAACUACAAGCCAUUCGUUUGUGACUUCUGUGGUAAGGGAUUUCACCAGAAGAUCGACAUGAAGAUCCACCGUUACACGCACACUGGUGAAAAACCUCACAAGUGUGCGAAAUGUGGACGAGGAUUCAAACAGCUGACACACCUGACGUACCAUAUGAGAACACAUUCCGAGGAGCGUCUUUACAAGUGUGAAUUCUGCGGCAAAGGAUUCAACCAGAAGGGAAAUCUCCAGGCCCACAUUUACGGGCAUACCGGAGAAAGGCCAUUCAAGUGCGACAUCUGCGAUAAGGGUUUCACGCUGGCCUCCACGCUCAACACCCACAAGCGCACACAUGCCCAGAAAAAGCCAUUUGAGUGCCAAUUCUGUGGAAAGUCUUUUUACCAGAAAAACGCGUUGAAAACCCACUACAUUGCUUCUCAUCCUUUCGCCAAUGGAGUGAGCCUGCUUUAAUAACAAUACACUGUACAGCGGUAGAACUACAUUCAGAAAAGAGUAAAGAAACUGAAAACCCACUACAUUGCUUCUCAUCCUUUCGCCAAUGGAGUGAGCCUGUUUUAAUAACAUUAAAAUGUACAGCGGUAUAGCUAUUUUCAAAGAGUGAAACGAAACUCCAUAAUUAGUUACUUAGAUCAAAUCAAAGAUUCUUUUAGCUGCAAAAAAAAUAUUCGCUAGAGAUUAAUUGAUUUCAUACGCAUAAAUUUUAAGAACGUUUUAUUUGCGAGCGAAAAUACUAGUAAGAUUCGUAAAUCUACUAAAAGUUAACAUUUUUAUUACAUUAUUUUUGAAAAGCCUGCUCAUAAAAAUAUGUACGGCAUGUAAUGCUAUAGAAACACUGAAAACGAUAAUUUUUGUAAAACAAAAAAGGCUAAAUGACAUGCAUAAGCACAUUAUUAGACUAAUAGAAACAAUAAAGUUAACCUUGGAUGA